AGGUGCUUACUGGCUCAUGGUGAUUGACUCCUGGAGGCAACAGUCUCAUGAGAAGAUGGAGGUUUCACAACCCCCAAUGAAUGCGUUCUCGCGCUUGUGAGAGGAUGAGCUCUCGCGAGAGCAGGUUGCUCUACAAGAAAUCAGGCAGGAGCUCUCUCUCCCUCUGCAUGUACCCACCCUCCUCUGUGCUUCCCUCAGCCACCUUGUAGGCCUAGGAUCUUGGACUUCCCAGCCACCAGAGUCGUGCAUUUACAGCCUACCUCUGACCCCGACACCUCUGACCUCUGGAGCCCCGACGGCAUGAAUGCAAGUGAGUUCCGAAGGAGAGGGAAGGAGAUGGUAGAUUAUGUGGCCAACUACAUGGAAGGCAUCGAGGGACGCCAGGUCUACCCCGAUGUGGAGCCUGGCUACCUGCGGCCGCUGCUCCCGGACACGGCCCCUCAGGAGCCAGAGACAUUUGAGGACAUCGUCAAUGACAUCGAAAGAAUCAUCAUGCCAGGGGUGACCCACUGGCACAGCCCCUACUUCUUCGCCUACUUCCCCACGGCCAGCUCCUACCCCGCCAUGCUGGCCGACAUGCUGUGCGGGGCCAUCGGUUGCAUCGGCUUCUCCUGGGCUGCGAGCCCCGCCUGCACAGAGCUGGAGACCGUAAUGAUGGAUUGGCUCGGCCAGAUGUUGGGGCUGCCGGAAGUGUUUCUGGCUGGGAAGGCUGGAGAAGGCGGAGGCGUGAUCCAGGGGAGUGCAAGUGAGGCCACUCUGAUGGCUCUACUGGCCGCUCGGACCAAAGCGAUUCAGAGGCUGCAGGCGGCCUCGCCGGCACUGACACAGGCCGCCAUUCUGGAGAAGCUGGUGGCCUAUGCGUCCGACCAGGCACACUCCUCAGUGGAAAGAGCUGGCUUAAUUGGUGGAGUGAAGUUGAAAGCCAUCCCUUCAGAUGGCAGCUUUGCCAUGCGAGCGUCUGCCCUGCAGGAGGCACUGGAGAGAGACAAGGCAGCUGGCCUCAUCCCAUUCUUUGUGGUCGCAACACUGGGGACCACGUCUUGCUGCUCCUUUGACAAUCUCUUAGAAGUGGGUCCUGUUUGCAACAAGGAGGAGGUGUGGCUACACAUCGAUGCUGCCUACGCUGGCAGCGCCUUCAUCUGCCCUGAGUUCCGGCAUCUUUUGAACGGAGUGGAGUUUGCAGAUUCAUUUAACUUUAAUCCCCACAAAUGGCUGCUGGUGAAUUUUGACUGCUCUGCCAUGUGGGUGAAGAAGAGAACAGACCUAACGGGAGCCUUUAAACUGGACCCUGUCUACCUGAAGCACGGCCACCAGGACUCAGGGCUCAUCACGGACUAUAGGCACUGGCAGAUACCGCUGGGCCGGAGGUUCCGCUCUUUGAAGAUGUGGUUCGUCUUUAGGAUGUACGGGGUCAAAGGACUGCAGGCAUACAUCCGCAAGCACGUCCAGCUCUCCCAUGAGUUCGAAUCGCUGGUGCGCCAGGACCCCCGCUUUGAGAUCUGCGCAGAAGUCACUCUGGGGCUGGUGUGCUUUAGGCUGAAGGGUUCCAACAAACUGAAUGAAGCUCUUCUGAAGAGAAUUAACAGUGCCAAGAAAAUCCACCUGGUUCCGUGCCACCUCCGAGACAAGUUCGUGCUGCGCUUUGCCAUCUGCUCUCGCACUGUGGAGUCUGCCCACGUGCGGUUCGCCUGGGAUCACAUCUGUGAGCUGGCCAGCAGCCUGCUGGCAGCAGGGAGGGAGCAAGGCGAGUCAGCUGCAGAGAUCAAAAGUUGAAGAGAAAUAUAUCUCAAAACUGGAAAAGAAGAAAAUAAAUAUCAUCCUGUAUGUGGCCUAACAUGUUUUCAAAGUUACCCAGAGACUUGUGAUUAUGCCUGUCCAGAGUCUUAUCAAUGAAGAAACAUUACUUGAUAUAUGAAAAGUGAAUUCUAGUGGCUAUAGCUUUCACUAAUUUUUUGACCGUGAUUUUUGGUGACUAAAAAAAUCAUAGGUUUCCAUGCUCUUGAAGCCAUCAGUAGUUGGAAGAAAGGCUUAUCGAAAUAUUUUCCAUGUCAGUCUAUGAUAAUGUGACUUGAAAUUAUACCUGUAGUCUUUUCAUUGUCUUCUGUCAUUGACUAAAUACUAAUAAACAAUGGAAGUGCAAAGUCAA